AGCUUACCGGUGAUUUUUUUCAGUGAUUCAUUCAUAAGCGCGUGAGGGCUCGUCCAAGAGAAAAGUGAGCAAAAAACGUGAAUUUCGGGGAUUAAUUUGUGCUGUGAGCUAUGCAGUGAGGAGGAAGUGAAGUGCAGGAAGUGAAUUUAAAAGGAAGAAUUUGAAUUUUCUUUGUAAUUUCCUCCGAAAAAUAAAAAGUAAAACGGAAAUGGUGAACAUGCCGUAUAUUUUCUACGAGAUUCUUGAUAUUUUCCACAAGGCAUCAUUCUUUGCCCUUUCGCUGCAAGCUGUGCUGGUGAUCUUGGUGAUUUGGUUGAUUUUGCACAAGAACAAGAACAACGAGAAGACCAAGAAUCUCACGGCGCAGGAGAAGGCUGACCUCAUUGCCAAUUGGAAUCCGGAGCCUCUUGUGGGGGACACCCCAUUGGAUCACCCAUCGCUUAGCCCACGCCUCGUGACAAGUCGUGUGGGGAAGAGGAUCACUGUGGAUGGGUGGGAUUGCUUGAAUCUGGGCACACACAACUAUUUGGGGCUCCUGGAGGAUGAUGGCAUCCAGGAGGAUGCUAUACGGAGUCUCAAGAAGUACGGCGUUGGCUCAUGCGGGCCUCGUGGCUUCUACGGCACCACCGACGUUCACCUGGAGCUUGAGGAGAAACUCGCGCAGUUCAUGGACAUGGAGGAAGCCGUGGUGUACUCGUACGGAUUCUCCACCAUUGCCAGUGCAAUCCCAGCCUAUGCUAAGCGCACGGACAUCUGUUUUGUCGAUGAAGCAGCAAAUUUUGCUAUUCAGAAGGGUUUAGACGCCUCCCGGUGCACGGUGAUCUACUUCCGGCACAAUGACAUGAAGGAUCUCGAGGAGAAGCUCAUUGAGCACACCCGUCAGGCGGCAAAGAACCCAAAGAAAGCCGCCAAAACGCGUAAAUUCCUCAUUGCUGAGGGGAUUUACAUGAAUACCGGUGAAAUGUGCCCCCUGGCGGACCUUGUGGCGCUGCGGAAGAAGUACCAGUUGCGCUUCUUCCUGGAUGAGAGUAUAACAUUCGGAACGAUGGGAGCCACGGGGAGGGGCUUGACGGAGCACUUGGGGAUCGAUAGGGCGGAAAUUGAUCUCAUUUCCGCCACCCUUGAGUGGGCUGUUGGUACAAUUGGGGGCUUCUGUGUUGGUUCGUCAUUUAUUGUGGACCAUCAGAGGCUCUCGGGGCUGGGGUAUUGCUUCUCAGCUAGUUGCCCACCCCUCCUGACACGAGCAGCUGUGAGUGCUCUUGAGAAAUUUGACAAAGAACCGGAACUCUUUGCGGAGAUCCAGGAAUGCUCCCGGAAGCUACAGAGGAAACUUGAAGAUUUGUCGGUGCUGCGUCUCCGGGGGGAUCCCAUUUCACCCGUAAAGCAUCUCUAUGUGCGCGAGGAGAAAGCAACAAAGGCGGAGGAUGCCCUAUUGACGGAAAUUGUGGACAAGUGCAUCACCAAAGGGUUGUGCCUCGUCAAGGCGCAGUAUUUGCAGCAUAUUGAGAAGAAAUGCCCCCGUCCAAGUAUCCGGAUCUCUGUCAAUCGUCUCCUGACAGAUGAGGACAUGGCAUUCACGUUCAGGACGCUUGAGAGCAUCAGCAAGGAAGUCCUUUUGCAGUAGAGAACCAAAAAAAAAGUUUAAAACUUUCUCUUGCACCGCAUUAGAUCAUCUCACGCGCCUUCCAGUCUCUUGAAAUUUAUUCCAGUUUUUUUUUGCAAUUUUUCAAAUAUAUUUACGAUUUUCUCUCACGAA